UCACUUGUGGUCUACAACCAUCUACCCAUUAUUCUUACUCUCCUGCAAUUUCUGUCAUAUCGAAGCCCACUGUUCUGUCUUGUCUGCAUCCUGACAACACCCAACCCUUGCGGCCUUGCCCAACGAUAUUUUUCAACUCUGGUCAUCUUAGACCCUCCUUUCCUCGUUGUUUGUAAAUGGAGGAAAACAUGAUUGACUGGUUUGAGGAUGUCUCGGAGAACGCCGGUGCGGUUCAAACGGAGACGCUACGCCGGAUUCUUGAGCAAAACCAUGGCGCAGAGUAUUUGAAGAAAUGGUUAGGUGAGGAAGUCAAAAUUGAAGAGAUUGAAGAUAGCGCAUUGGAAAAUCUCUACACUUCUUUGGUACCUCUGACUUCCCAUGCAGAUUUGGAGCCUUACAUCCAGAGAAUUGCAGAUGGGGACACCUCCCCUGUUCUCACCCAACAAGCCAUCACACUUCUAUCCUUAAGCUCUGGCACUACUGAAGGGAGACAGAAGUUCGUACCCUUCACUCGCCAUAGUUCCCAAACAACACUUCAGAUUUUUAGAUUGGCAGCAGCUUAUAGAUCAAGGGCUUAUCCCAUAAAGGAAGGAGGCAGGAUCUUGGAGUUUAUAUACAGUAGCAAACAGUUUAAGACAAAGGGAGGGCUGACAGUUGGAACAGCAACAACCCACUAUUAUGCGAGUGAAGAGUUCAAGAUCAAGCAGGAGAAGACAAAAUCCUUCACUAGCAGUCCGGAGGAAGUCAUUUCCGGUGGGGAUUACAAGCAGACCACUUACUGCCACCUUCUCCUCGGCCUCUUUUUCUCCAAUGAGGUCGAGUUCAUCACCUCCACCUUCGCCUAUAGCAUUGUCCAGGCCUUUGCUGCCUUCGAAGAGCUUUGGAAGGAGAUAUGCAAGGACAUCAGGAAUGGCGCACUCAGCUCAAGAUUAAUCACUAUUCCUAAGAUGAGGAAGGCCGUCCUGGAUAUCAUAUCUCCGAACCCGACUCUUGCUGCAGAAAUCGAAGCCAAAUGCCGGGAUCUUGAAACUUUAAAUUGGUAUGGAGUGAUCCAAAAGUUGUGGCCGAAUGCCAAGUAUGUGUAUUCAAUAAUGACAGGAUCCAUGCAGCCGUACUUGAAAAAACUACGACAUUAUGCAGGACAAGUGCCACUGGUGAGUGCCGAUUACGGGUCGACGGAGAGUUGGAUUGGGGUAAACUUGGAUCCAUCAUUUCCACCGGAAAAUGUUACCUUCGCAGUAAUACCGACUUUCUCUUACUUUGAGUUCAUACCGGUUCAUAGAAGGAAGCAAGAUUGGAGUUCAAGCAAUGAUGACUUCAUAGAAGAUGAUCCAGUGCCUCUCUGUCAAGUCAAAGUUGGACAAGAAUAUGAGAUCGUACUCACCACUUUUACAGGAGAAUUCACUACUAGGCUAGAAGACGGAGGUUCAGCAAUGUUUUGAAAGCACGUAGUGGAAAGUCCUCUAUGUGGGGGAAAAGCACUAGUAUCAUGAGUCACCUCAGUGAAGGUCAUGGAAAACAGGAAAAGUCUCUCGGUAAUUGAAAUGGUGACAUUGGUGAAAUUAAACAUUAAGCAAGUGUGUAAAUACAUGUGAAUUUACCUU